GCAUCAUUGAUCCGAGGUUUCUGGAGAAGAUCUGGCCUUCUUCCAUCCUCCCAUCUGCCUCCUUUCUUCCACUCGUCGUCUCUCUCUCUCUCGGUAGCGGGUUCUAUGCCAUGCCUGCUCACUGUGACCCUGGACGGUUGCAGGAGUACUUGUUGCCGUUCACUCUCCUCGUCAAGAGAUUGUGAGUUGGGUGCUGCUUCUUCCCCUGGUUGCACAGCCGCCGCGUGCUUGCUUGGUGACGAGCCGCGUCUCGUGGUGGGUUAGUGCGGGGUGCGGAAAUGACUUUGUCGGGAAAUCCGCUAGCGUGGACUGGUAGUGUGGCAUUCUGGAGGGCUGAAUUGUCGUGACUGUGGCUCCGGGGAUUGGAGUUUCAGCGAUCCGACUUUUGCGGAUCUACGCAUUUGAUCUUGCACUUAUCGAAGUGCAAGGUUAGGGAGUCGACAACGACGUCAAGCAAAAGAUGGCGUCGCCGAGGUCCAGCAAGACCGGUGGUCUUGGAUUCCGUGGCGGCGGUCAGCCGGGUAACAUGGGACGGGCGCCGAACGGGAGCAGCACAAACAUCCCGGUGGAGGUGCACCACGGACGGGGGACCCCCAGCGGCAGAUUUAUGAACCUCUCCCGCGACGAGAGUGAAUUGGGCGGCGUCACAGACAGCGAAAUGGGGUCCGAUUAUCUCUACACGGUCCAGAUACCGGCCACCCCUGACCACCAGCUGAUGUCUGCGAAUCCGUCCAGCCGCUCCGUAGACUCGGCAAUCGCAGGGAAGGCAGAGCAGCAAUUUGUAUCGAGUACCAUUUUCACUGGAGGAUUCAAGAGCGUCACAAGAGGUCACGUGAUGGAGAAGAUGAUGGAGAGUGAGGGAAAUCAUCCACAACUCGCGGGUGCUCGUGGUCCCAUCUGUGCUGUCGAAGGGUGUGAUGGCAAAGCCAUGCGCGACGAGCGCGGCGAUGACAUGAUGCCUUGUGAUUGCCAGUUCAGAAUCUGCCGAGACUGCUACAUUGAUGCCUUGAACGGGAAGGGUGUUUGCCCAGGAUGCAAAGACGAGUACAGGGUUCCCGAUGAGCCGCUCAAGCACACUGACUCGCGCCGCGAUGACUUGCGCGCAUUGCCGCCGCCCAAUAGUGACGAUGUUACCUCCGGCAGAAUGGACCGCCGCCUAUCGCUCACGAAGCAGAAGCCGGGUCUGCUCACGGGAAAUAACACCACAGACUUUGAUCAUGCACGGUGGCUUUACCAGACUAAGGGAACGUAUGGAUAUGGUAAUGCCUUGUGGCCUAAGGAGGAUGCCUACGGUAGCAAUGACGGUGGUGGCGGUGACGGAAAUCCCACUGGCAACGUGGGUGCGGUACCUGAAUUCAAUGAUAAAUCUCGCCGUCCUUUGUCGCGCAAAGUAAACAUCUCAGCUGGAAUUCUAAGUCCUUACAGGCUGCUGGUGGCGAUCCGUAUGGUUGUCCUUGGUAUGUUCCUGGCAUGGCGUAUCAGGAAUCCGAAUGUGGACGCUGUGUGGUUGUGGGGGAUGUCUGUCGUUUGCGAGAUUUGGUUUGCCUUCUCCUGGAUUUUGGAUCAGCUGCCAAAGCUAUGUCCCAUAAACCGUAUGACGGAUCUGACCGUAUUGAAGGAUAAGUUCGAGACCCCCAGGCCGGAGAAUCCUACUGGGCGGUCUGAUUUGCCAGGUGUGGACGUGUUCGUCUCGACUGCUGAUCCCGAGAAAGAGCCUCCGCUGACCACCGGCAACACUAUUCUAUCGAUUCUAGCGUCGGAGUAUCCUCUCGAAAAGCUUGCAAUCUAUCUCUCCGACGACGGAGGUGCACUUCUCUCAUUCGAGGCAUUGGCUGAGGCCGCCAGCUUUGCACGCAUUUGGAUUCCAUUUUGUCGGAAGCACAAGAUUGAGCCGCGCAAUCCCGAGACUUAUUUUCUUUUGAGAGGAGAUCCUACCAAAGGAAAAACCCGUUCCGACUUUGUCAAAGAUCGUCGUCGAGUUAAGCGAGAGUAUGAUGAGUUUAAGGUGCGCGUCAAUGGGUUGCCUGAAGCCAUUCGCCGUCGCUCAGACGCUUACAAUGCUCAUGAGGAGAUUCGUGCCAAGCGGUCUCAAAUUGAAAGUGGAGGCGAUCCGUCGGAUCCUCUCAUGGUGCCCAAGGCUACUUGGAUGGCCGAUGGAACUCACUGGCCUGGGACAUGGACGCAAUCUGGGAAGGAGCAUGGACGAGGAGAUCAUGCUGGCAUCAUUCAGGUGAUGCUCGCGCCUCCUACCCAUGAGCCUUUAAUGGGUAGCGCCGACGAAGAGAAUGUGAUUGAUACUACGGACGUAGAUAUCCGUCUCCCGAUGCUUGUCUAUGUUUCUCGUGAGAAGCGUCCGGGAUACGAUCACAACAAGAAGGCUGGAGCUAUGAAUGCACUCGUGCGCACAAGCGCUGUCAUGUCUAACGGGCCAUUCAUUCUCAAUCUGGAUUGUGAUCACUACAUCUUCAAUUCCCUUGCUAUCCGGGAAGCCAUGUGCUUCUUUAUGGACAAGGGCGGCGAUCGUCUUGCAUACGUCCAGUUUCCUCAGCGUUUCGAGGGCGUCGACCCCAACGAUCGAUAUGCCAACCACAACACCGUCUUCUUCGACGUAAACAUGAGAGCUCUGGAUGGACUGCAAGGGCCCGUCUAUGUCGGAACCGGAUGUGUGUUUAGACGAAUUGCGCUCUACGGCUUCGAUCCCCCUAGGGUUCGUGAACACGGAGGAUGCUUCGAUUUCUUUUGCUGCUGUUGCGCUGGAUCCAAGAAAAAGAAUCAGAUCAUGCAUACGAAGCGAGUGAACGAGGUGACAGGCAUGACUGAGCACACCAGCGACGAGGACGAUGAUCUUGAGGCUUCUAUGCUUCCCAAGCGAUACGGUCAGUCCGUUGUGUUCGCUUCCUCGAUUGCUGUUGCCGAAUUUCAAGGGCGGCCGCUGGCAGAUAAAGGCGUUCUGAACAGCCGUCCCGUCGGUGCGCUGACGGUCCCGAGAGAGCCUCUAGAUGCUAGUACUGUUGCUGAAGCUAUCAAUGUGAUCUCUUGCUUCUACGAGGACAAAACAGAGUGGGGUGGUCGAGUGGGGUGGAUUUACGGGUCUGUAACAGAGGAUGUGGUUACUGGUUUCCGUAUGCACAAUCGUGGCUGGCGCUCAAUUUACUGUGUCACUAAGCGCGAUGCCUUCAGGGGUACGGCCCCCAUCAACCUUACGGAUCGUCUGCACCAAGUGCUUCGGUGGGCUACGGGAUCUGUCGAAAUUUUUUUCUCCCGUAACAACGCAUUCUUCGCCUCUCCUCGCAUGAAAUUCCUUCAGCGAGUUGCCUACCUUAACGUCGGCAUUUACCCGUUCACCUCGAUCUUCCUGCUGGUUUACUGCUUCCUUCCCGCACUCUCCCUCUUCACUGGCCAGUUCAUUGUGCAAACCCUUAACCUCUCCUUUUUAAUCUAUCUCCUCACCAUCACCGUCACUCUCUGCGUGCUCGCCAUUCUCGAGGUUAGAUGGUCCGGUAUCACGCUCGAGGAAUGGUGGCGUAACGAGCAAUUCUGGGUUAUCGGAGGAACCAGUGCACAUGUCGCCGCCGUUAUCCAGGGUCUGCUUAAGGUAAUGGCCGGAGUCGAGAUUUCCUUCACUCUGACCUCAAAGUCUGCUGGAGAGGAUGAAGAUGAUAUCUACGCAGAUCUCUACGUUGUAAAGUGGACUUCUCUCAUGAUCCCUCCCAUCACCAUCGGCCUCACUAACAUCAUCGCCAUCGCCGUGGGAGUCUCGCGAACUAUCUACAGUGAGAUCCCGGAGUGGAGCAAGCUGAUCGGAGGCGUGUUCUUCUCCUUGUGGGUGCUGUUCCAUCUCUACCCCUUCGCCAAGGGUCUCAUGGGCAAGGGAGGCAAGACACCGACUAUCAUUUACGUCUGGGCCGGGUUGUUAUCAGUUAUCAUCUCUCUCUUGUGGCUCUACAUCAGUCCUAAUGCAAACAGGGCAGCACAAGUCGGCGGCGGCGGAAUCUUCCAGUUCCCUUGAGCACUCCAAAUUGGUGUCCACGUUACGCCAGCACAUUCCUGAUGUACUGAUCGAUUUUUUUUUAGUGUUUUUCCUUGGCUCCAAGUGCUGGUGUCUGGGCUCCGAGCCUUGUUGCAGAGUACACGCCAAACACUUUUCUCAUGGGCAGCUGAAUGAUAUGAUAGAGGAUGCUUACAAAGCCCCUACUGUGGCAGCUCUUCGCUUUCCGGAGGAAUAGUAUGCACAUAUGCGUAGGAUUGAGGAAGAAGAACCCAGGGGAGACGGAGAUACUUUAUAUUCGCUGGACGUCAGUGUACAAUAGCUAAUCAACCAUUCUUUUGAUUUAUGUAGAGUGAGACAUGAGGAGUUUGUGUAAUCCUUGAGUAGAGCUAGCUGCGCAGGCGGCUUAAGUGACACUGCAGCCUUGGUGCGGCCUCACUUUCAGAUUCACUAGAGUUCUAGGUCUGCGAGGUGGGCUACUGUUCAGAUGUUUGAGAGAGGGACGGAGAGAGUUUCGUCGCUCUUACUUUUGCCGAACAAAAAUGUAGGCAAAUUGAAGUAAAAUUUCUUAGUUAUCGUAAACUGUCAA